AUGCCCAGCCGCUACUCGCACCUCGACUCCGACGACGAGCGCCUGCCCGACGGCAUGACGCGCGUCGCCUACGACGCCGACACCCAGGUCUACACCUUUCGCGAUGCCGCCGACGGCAGCUACUGGGAGGGCGCCCCCGGCUGCCAGUACGGCCAGCUGACCCGCGUCUCCGGCCCCUCGCCGCCGCCGCGUCGCUCCGGCUACAACGAUGACGACGACGACGACGACGACGACCUCGAAGACAUCCGAGACCCUUUCCUCCCAGGCUCCUCCGCCUCCGCCAAGGAUCCCCCGCACAUCUCGUGGCGCCACGACCUCAUGCCGCUGCUCAACUUUGGCCUCCUUGUCGGCGUCUCCCUCCUCCUGCUCUUCUGGUACCUGCACCGCGCCGCCGCCUCGGCCGAGCAGCAGCAGGACACGCCCCUGGUCCCCGUCUGCGCCGCCGGCGACGCCCCCGUCCCCAUCCACAAGGGUGACACUUGCUGGGACAUGGCCGAGGCAAGGGGCAUUGCCCUUGAAGUCCUCCUGGCGCACAAUGGGCCAAUCGACUGCGACCGCCUCGUCAUCGGCUCCCAGCUCUGCCUGCCCGAAUGA